AUCACUUGUCAUUGAAUUUGAUGUGAUUUUACAAAAUAUAUAUAAAUUGUUUUUAAUAACAAAAAUGUCUUCAUUUGGAUCAUUAAUGCAUUCAUUGAUAACACAAAAGAUAAGUCAAUUGAUAUGCAUUUUAUGGACCAUUUCGGUGAUGAUUGAUAUGACUAAUGGCGACAUUGCAGUCAUAUCACCAAACAAUAGGACUGUUGAUGUUUUCGUCGACUUUGAGUUAGGUUUUGCUGCAUCUGUUCCUUCAGAAGGCAUUCUUGGCCGAUUUGUUGUCGGUCAACCCGAAGAUGGAUGCUCUCAAAUGGCAGGUCCACCACAAACCAAUCAAACGGGUAUCAAAUGGUUUGUAUUGGUUAAGCGCUAUCCGUGUCAGUUCACUACUAAGGUUCAAAACGCUAUGAACGCUGGCUUUGAUGCCGUCAUUAUCUAUAAUAUUGAUGUAAUGACAGUUAAAAAGUAUUCAUUAGUUCAUUCACCGCAAUCUGCUGUUAACUAUUAUAAAAUAGCAGAAAAUGGAGUCACAAUUCCAGCUCUUUUAAUCUCAUUUGAAGACGGAUGGACUCUUAAGAAGGAAUAUCUCUGGACUAAUGGUUUUUAUCUCAUGAUAUUACCUGAUCUACCGUUUAAUUUGAACGCAUAUUUGUUGCCAUUUGCUAUUGUGAUUGCCGUCUGUCUUAUAUUAAUGAUAUCAUUUAUGAUUUUUCAGAUCGUGAAAUGUUAUCGCGAAAGAAAGAGACGACAAAGACAUAGAUUGUCUUCAAGACAUCUCAAACAAAUACCUAUUCAAAAGUACAGAAAAGGUGAUCAGUACGACACGUGUGCCAUUUGUCUCGAAGAAUAUGUCGACGGAGAAAAACUUCGAAUUCUUCCCUGUGGUCAUGCUUAUCACAUGAAGUGUAUUGAUCCAUGGCUCACAAAGAACCGUCGAGUAUGUCCCGUAUGUAAGGGAAAGGUAGUACUUCCAGGUAUGAGUGAUAUAAGUGAUACUGAAUCCGAAUCAGAAGCACAUCAUACCGGUGCCAACGAGAGAACGCCACUAUUGUUUGCCGAUAGGGCUCACACUCGCCAUCGAAGUAGACGUCGUCGUAGAUCUUAUCCACAAACAAGUGCUUCUAACGAACAAACAAAUCAAACCAACUCUGAAAUGACAACCAACUCUGAAAUUAUAGAUCAGACAAAUGUUGGUCAGAGUGCUACUGAUAAUGUAGUGAAUGUUAGCGCCAGUGCACCAAAUGUACGGCUCGUCGAAGUGGACAUCGUCCCAAUGAUGGCACCCACUUGUCUCUCAGUUAAUUGUGAUUCUGAAGAGUCAAUCGUUGAAAUGGCUGAUGACGUUAAUCCAAUGACCACCACUACUGUCAUUACAGUUAGUGCUCCGCAAACAGAUACUAGAGCUUCGAGAAAUCGACGACAAGAUGUGAUCGUUUAAGAGUAGCGUUGAGAAAGUUUCAGAGUUGUAUUGCAGUUGUAAUAUACUGUAUAUUUGAUUGAUUUACUAUUAAAUACAUCAAUAGAUCAUAAAAUACAUGAAAUUAAAAAACUCAUUUUAAGUGAUUCAUGUUAAUCGUAUCAUAUAUUACUAAUUAUGUGAUUAUUGUC